AUGAAGAUGGCGGAUCUGUGAAGGAUGCUGUCAACAAGACUUUAAACUUUCACAUUUUCCGAUCUUUGACCGGCGGUGUUUGGAUAGCUGUCUGCGAGAAUCACCACCUGCCUCCUGACAAGACGAGUUAGAGCGGGCCGGACGAGCGUGGAGGAGAGUGAGAGCGAGCAGCAACAGCGGCGGUGGAAGCAAGCACUGUUGACAGUUCCUGAUUGACCGCUUGCACCAACGCUUGUUGACUAUCAGACAGACCGACCGUCCGACCGACCGCCAGGCAAACAGAUCCACGGGGGGCAUUGAGGAAGCGGUUUGGGCUCUGGACUUCAAGAGAAGACGCCUUAGCGGGAACUUUGAAGGUGUCUACCCGUCUCUCCUCCCACGCCCUAAGGAUGGCCAGGCUGGGGCUCCGUGGGGGGCUGUGUUCACGGAUGUGUCCCAGCGGGGAGCACAUUAAGCAGGGACGCUGCUGAGCCCGGAGGAGGUGACAGGCGAAGGCUGCAACUCCGCCGGAGAGAGGAAGAGAGACGGGAGGGAAAGAGCGAGGGAGACCGAGAAGGAACUAGAGAGGACUGGAGUCGCUGCGCUGCGUGUCUGGGUGGAGGAGGAGGAGGAGGAGGAGGUGGAGUGGAGAGGAGGGGGUGGGUGGAGUGUGCGGAAGCGCGAGCGAGCACGAAAUCUUAUCCUGCGUUAGCAGAACAGACGGUUCGAGACGUGCGACGGACGGACGGACGGACAAGACCGCCGCCGAGAGAGAGAGCGGGAAGGACAGACGAGAGCGAGGAGAGGAGCGGAGCAGGAGAGGGCAUCUGUGACAUCGGAGCACCAACACUACAUGUUCCAUGUGAAGGAGAAGAGGAGCGAGUGAACAACCCCCAGAAAGAGAGAGAGAAAAAGAGAGAGAGAGAAAGAGUGAGAGAGCUAAAACGUGUGAGGGGGAGACGCCGCCAUCACUUCCACGGGGGCGAGUCAUGGGCUAUGGGGGCCAUGGUGACCUAGCGUAAAUGGCUCCUCGUGCCCAGAAGCUGGUGCCAGUGUCUGCUGCUCAACCCUUUUCCUUUUCCUCCCCCACCUCCUCCUCCUCCUCCUCCUCCUCCUCUUUCAUCCCCCCAUUUUCCUCCUCCUCCUCCUCGUCCUGCUGCUGCUGCUGUUCCGUCCCCCGGCGUGUGCAGCCAUGGGCCCCUGGAAGCUGGUGCGGGGCCUCCGGCAGCUGGAGCUCCACCGCCUCAUCCUGGCGCUCAUCGUCUUCUGCCUGCUCUCCAUGGCCUUCCUGGCCUACUACGUCAGCAACAGCCCCAAGAUCAAGGAGGCGCCGCCGCUGCCCUUCAGCGACUGCGGAGGGGGUCAGCGCGCGCCCCUCUUCCUCCCCCCGCAGGCCGGGCGGAGGGGCGCGGCGGGCGGCAAGAUGGCGGACCCGGCGCGCACCGACCCGGUGGUGCUGGUGUUCGUGGAGAGCAUCUACUCGCAGCUGGGCCAGGAGAUCGUGGCCAUCCUGGAGUCCAGCCGCUUCCGCUACCGCACGGAGGUGGCGCCCAGCAAGGGCGACAUGCCCACGCUGAUGGAGCGCGACCAGGGCCGCUACGCGCUGGUCAUCUACGAGAACCUGCUCAAGUACGUCAACCUGGACGCCUGGAACCGCGACCUGCUGGACAAGUACUGCGCCGAGUACGGCGUGGGCAUCGUGGGCUUCUUCAAGGCCAACGAGAACUCGCUGCUCAGCGCCCAGCUCAAGGGCUUCCCGCUCUACCUGCACUCCAACCUGGGCCUGCGCGACUACCGCAUCAACCCCGCCGCGCCGCUCCUCUACGUCACGCGGCCCAACCAGGUGGAGCCGGGCCCGCUGCCCGGCGACGACUGGACCGUCUUCCAGUCCAACCACAGCACGUACGAGCCCGUGCUCCUGGCCAGCACCAAGUCGUCGGAGGCGCUGGCGCACCUGGGCCCCCACCGGCCGCUGCACGCCACCGUGGUCCAGGACCUGGGGCUGCACGACGGCAUCCAGCGCGUGCUCUUCGGCAACAACCUGUCCUACUGGCUGCACAAGCUCGUCUUCGUGGACUCCAUCGCCUACCUGACGGGCCGCCGGCUGUGCCUCCCGCUGGAGCGCCACCUGCUGGUGGACGUGGACGACAUCUUCGUGGGCAAAGAGGGCACCCGCAUGAAGGUGUCGGACGUGAAGGCGCUGCUGAACACGCAAAACAAACUCCGAGCCUUGGUCCCAAACUUCACGUUCAACCUCGGCUUCUCCGGAAAGUUCUACCAUGCAGGUACGGAGGAGGAGGACGAGGGCGACGACAUGCUGCUGACGCACAGGAAGGAGUUCUGGUGGUUCCCGCACAUGUGGAGCCACAUGCAGCCGCACCUCUUCCACAACGUCAGCGUGCUGGCCGAGCAGAUGCGCCUCAACAUGCUCUUCGCUCAGGAGCAUGGCAUCCCCACAGACAUGGGCUAUGCAGUGGCGCCGCACCACUCCGGGGUGUACCCGGUGCACAGCCAGCUCUACGAGGCCUGGAAGGCCGUGUGGGGCAUCAAGGUGACCAGUACCGAGGAGUACCCCCACCUGCGCCCGGCCAGGCACCGCCGCGGCUUCAUCCACAACGGCAUCCAGGUCCUCCCCAGGCAGACGUGUGGCCUCUUCACUCACACCAUCUUCUAUAAUGAGUACCCUGGAGGCUCCAAGGAGCUGGACAAGAGCAUCCGCGGCGGAGAGCUCUUCCUCACGGUCCUGCUCAACCCCAUCAGCAUCUUCAUGACCCACCUGUCUAACUACGGGAACGACCGGCUGGGCCUUUACACCUUUGAGUCGCUGGUGAAGUUCGUCCAGUGCUGGACCAACCUGCGGCUGGAGACGCUGCCCCCGGUGGAGCUGGCCCAGAAGUACUUCGACAUGUUCCCCGAGGAGAGGGAUCCGCUCUGGCAGAACCCCUGUCACGACAAGAGACACAAGGACAUCUGGUCCAAGGAGAAGACCUGCGACCGGCUGCCCAAGUUCCUGGUGGUCGGGCCUCAGAAGACCGGUACCACGGCGCUGCACUCGUUCCUGACUCUCCACCCUGCCAUCACCGGCAGCUUCCCCAGCCCCGUCACCUACGAGGAGAUCCAGUUCUUCAACGGCUACAACUACCACAACGGCAUCGACUGGUACAUGGACUUCUUCCCUUUCCCCUCCAACGUCAGCACGGACUUCAUGUUUGAGAAAAGUGCCAACUACUUCGACACCGAGGCGACUCCCAAGCGCACGGCCGCCCUGCUCCCCCGGGUCAAAGUCCUGGCCGUCCUCAUCAACCCGGCCGACCGUGCCUACUCCUGGUACCAGCAUCAGAGGGCCCAUCAGGACCCGGCGGCCCUAAACCACACGUUCCCUCAGGUGGUGAUGGCGCCUCCCUCGUCGCCCCCCGAGCUGCUCACCCUCCAGAGCCGAUGCCUCAAGCCUGGAGAGUACGCCACACACCUCGAACGCUGGCUGCUGCACUACCCCUCCCGCCAGCUGCAUAUAGUGGACGGCUCCCUGCUGCGCUCCAACCCUGCGCUGGUGAUGGACGGCAUCCAGAGGUUCCUGGGAGUCACCCCCAUCUUCAACUACACACAGGCCCUCCUGUUCGAUGAGAACAAAGGCUUCUGGUGCCAGAGAAUAGAAGGAGGUCGUCCAAAGUGUCUAGGAAAAAGUAAAGGCAGGAAAUAUCCAGAAAUGGCCCCUGAGACGCGUGCCUUCCUGACGGAGUACUACCGUGAGCACAACCUGGCGCUGCUGCGGCUGAUGAACCGGCUGGGUCAGGCGCUGCCCACCUGGCUACGAGGGGAGCUGCAGAGCACCAGCUGGACCUGAGACCACCCCUUUACGGCCCCCCCCCCACACACACACACACACACACACAUGCACACACACACAAACACACUAACCCCACGACCCUCACUGCAGCCUGCCCCUACUGGGGAGGGUUGGGGUUGGAGAGACAGGAGUAUGUGGAGGUGAGGGACGGUGGUGUCCUCAAUCCUCACCCUGGACAUCAUUUGACCGGCCUCCACCGAUGAACUCCUUGAGCGUACUUGAGUGCGCGUGUGUGUGUGUGUGUGUGUGUACAGUACGUGUGUGUCGACAUCAAAUGGACUGCCCAAAUAAGCCUUGGUGCCCAUGUGUACACACACACACACUCACGCAAUCCAUUCGCACAGAAUUGGACCCCCCCCCCUCUCUCUGGCCCAGUGCUGAGAGCAUGGACUCAUACACAGGAGUGGAGGAACUCUUGAUCAGGUGGACGUGUGUUAAGGAUUCCGGGGAAAAGGGAUGGGAGGGGGGGUUGGGGGGUGUUUGCACAGACAAGCAGGAUGUGCCGAGAUUAUAUGGUUACCCAUCUUUACAAGCAUACUGUACACGGACCUUCCUAAAAGAAAAAAAAAGAAGAAAGGAAAACACACUUCAUUAUUCACAGGCCUUCUGAGACUGGACACCCAGAUCACCACCACGUGAUGCACAGCAGAGGAGCUGGACUGCAUGAAUGGACAGACGUCAGGAGUGUGUGUGUGGGGUGGUGUGAGUUUCUGUCAAUCACACACAGGUCCACACACACCUCCCCCUUGUGUUCACAUGUCAAACGCACCUCUCUCUCUCUCUCUCUCUCUGAGGAAUGAUUGUAAAACAAUGUACAUUUUAAGAAAGCGUUGUAUAUUUUGGGUCUACAUUGAGGUGGGUGGGAGCGAUAGAAUGGCAAAAUAGAUGUGGACUAAAACUAGACAGCUGACCAGUGACGGAAAAGAAGCAGCAACUCCCUUUCUCUCUCUUUCUCACUCACUCGCUCUCUUUUUCUUUAGGUAUCAGGGUGGAAACCUCUAGAAACUGAAUAUGGGAGAAGGAGAAGAGUCAUGUCAAAAAAAGCCAGUGGUGUUUUUCGAUUAGCAUUUUCAGUGUCUUUAGUGUUCAAACCCAUUGACACACAAACACACACACACACACUAGCACAUGCGCACACACACACACACACACACACACACACACACACACACACACACAGACACACACACACACACAUACACCCACCCAAAGCUGCUCCACACCUUCACACCCAAAAUAAAAGUUUUAAAAACACCAUCAGUCUUAAUACUGAUUCAUGCCAGGCACACAGAGGGGGCGUCGAAACGGCAUUAUCUUACUGUGUGUUGUCUUAUUCAUGUGUGGUGGCCGACUGUGGGCGCUCUGAAUCAGGAGAGUGGUUGGUUGUGUUGAUGGAUAGGUGUGUGUGUGUGUGUGUGAGAGAGAGAGAGAGAGAGAGAGAGAGAGAGUGUGUGUGUGUGUGUGUGUAUGAACAUGCAGAAUGACUUGGCUGAGGCAUCUCUACCUCUGCACUCUGCUCUUAGCCUUGGAAGUGAGAUGUUGCAAUGAAAUAUGCAACUUGUGUUGCCUGUGUGCCUGGCAUGAAGAGGUGUACUGUGUGUGUGUGUGUAUGUGUAUGACUUUGUUCAGUGAGUGCGUGUGUGUGCGUAUCUUUGGUUUGUGUGUGUGUGUGUGUCGGUCAUUGUUGAGAAAGUUAGAGGAUGGGAGAGGCUGUAAUUCACAACCUGUGGUUUACUCUGCAGCUGAUACAUUGCUGUCUUGUUUUUGCCGUGUUUAUUUUGUAAACAAAAAGUCUUUUAAAAAUGACCAACACUGUAUUAUCUCUAAUAAACACUUAGAGAGGUUGGAAA